AUGAAAUCGAAAUCAAUUGAACAUAUUGGUGAUAUCGAAGGAAUCAAAGGAGAUACUAAUAUAUCAGUUUGUUAUGAUGGUCAAGAUCAUAUCUAUUUAGUGAAUGGUAUCAUCUCAAAUAAUAGAAUUGAUCGAUUCAACAUCAAGACAAUGAAAUUUGAAUCAUAUCAUCAAUUACUUGGGUAUAGUUUGCAAGUAUCAUCGAUGAUCUUCAAAGGUUCAUUAUAUUCAGUAUCAUUCGGUGAAAAUAAGAUAUUUCAAUUCGACUUGACCAAUAAAACGAUAACAGAUCAUCAAAUUGAUACUAAACCAUUAUCAGCAUGUCAUGAUAACAAUGGAAAUUUCUUUAUUUUAGAAAUAUCAAGCAAAAGAUUCAUCAAAUACAAUGUUGAAACCAAACAAUCAAUCAAUCUCAAUGAUAUUCCCAUCACUAAUGGACAGUAUUUAUUUGUUAUGUAUCAUCGAGAAUCACCAACAUCAAGUUAUAUCUAUACAUUUGGUGCCUCACCGGACUGUAAUUUCAAAUAUUCAAUCGAAUCCAAUCAAUGCGAACCAUUCUUUAGAAAUAUUAAUCAAAAUAGAGGAUGGACUGCAUCUACCUCAAUUACUUUAUAA